AUGUCUCUUCUCGUGACAGUUUUGGCUCUUGCCGUUGGACUCCAUCAGUGUGUUGGAAAUGAGAAACAUGAUGCAGCUUUUAAUUUGCUGUCAACUGAUUUGCCAGAGAGGCAGAAGGAAAUUGUUGACAAGCACAAUGACCUACGCAGAAAAGUGGAGCCAAAGGCUUCCAACAUGCUGAAGAUGGAAUGGAACGGGACGGCUGCAAAGAAUGCCAAAAGCUGGGCUGACGAGUGCGAUUAUAACCACAGUCCUCCAAGCAGAAGAACGAUUGAAAAUGGUCUAGUAUGUGGUGAAAAUCUCUUUUAUUCAAGCGUUCCUAAAUCAUGGUCGGAAGCGAUCCAGGCCUGGUUUGAUGAGAAGGCCGACUACAUAUAUGGGACAGGACCAAAGACAGAGAACGCAGUAAUUGGACAUUAUACUCAGCUGACUUGGUACAAAUCCUUCCUGAUCGCUUGUGCUGUGGCUCACUGUCAGCAUGACUUAUACAAUUAUUUCUACGUCUGCCACUACUGCCCUGCGGGAAACGUCCUGGGAGAAAAUUUUUAUAAGCCUUACAAAGAAGGAGAACCGUGUGGCGCCUGUCCCGAUGCCUGCAAUGAAGGACUCUGCACCAAUCCUUGCAAACAGGAAGAUGAAUUCUCCAAUUGUGUACAGUUAAAGGAAAUCCAUACAUGUGAGCACCCGUUCAUUAAGGAAAACUGUCCUGGAUGCUGUCAAUGCACUACAGAAAUACAAUAA